AUGUCAAGAAGUGACGACGAAGAUUCCAACUUGUACGAUCAAGACGAGGACAACAGCAUCUCUCAUCGCUCUGAUGACGAUGAAGAGGGCGAGGAUAUUGGCUAUUCAUCUCGCAAAGGUAACAACAUUGCAGACGACGACGAUGAUGACGACGACGAUGAAGAUGAAGAGGAGGAAGAAGAGGACGAGGAAGAAGCUCGAAAAGUAGCAGAGGGCUUCAUUGUCGAUGAUGAAGAGUCAGAUGCCUCAGAUGAAGUAGCUGUUCGCCGCAAAAAGAGAAAGAAGGUCGAAGAUUAUGAUGAAGAUUUGGACGAAGAAGAUUUGGACUUGCUGGAAGAAAACACGGGCAUCAAACUGAACCGAUCUACAGGCCCCAAGUUGAAGCGUCUCAAGCGUGGUCGUGAAGAACAAUCUUACGAGAAACCAUCCAAGGGCGUUGACAAUAUCUUUUCUGACGAUGAUGACAUGGCAGCAGAAGAGGCAGAACAAGAGCUUUCCCGUGAUAGCCAUCGUCGUAGUCGUGAUGAUUAUGCUGAAGAUUACGAUGAUAGAGCAAGAUAUAGACAUCGCGAUGCUUAUGACGAUAUGGGAGAUUUCAUUGCUGAUGAAGACGAUGAGGAUGAUUUGAACGAAACGCUGGGUGAGAGAAGUCAGCCUCGUGGUUAUGAUGAUGAUCGUGGAAGACGUGGAAAGGCCAACAAGGAUAUGAUGGAUAUUUUGCCAGAAGGCAUCAGCGAAGAUGUUCUUGUAGACAUGUAUGAUAUUUUUGGCGACGGUGCAGAGUACGAAUGGGCCCAAUACGACGAUGAAGAGACGGAAGCAGCCAAGGAGCGUGAGCCUCAGUUGGCAGAUAUCUUUGAGCCCAGUGAGCUUGCUGAACGUAUGAUGACAGAAGAAGACGAGGAAAUUCGUCUGCGUGAUGUACCUGAACGUCUGCAAAUGCGCUAUGAAGGACUCACCAACAAGACAUUUGAGCAAGCAACCAACGAUCAAGUGCAGGAAGAAGGCGCUUGGAUUUCCCGCAUCAUGGCUCGUCAGCGCGGAGAAGAACAGCCCACGGAUCAAUUUAUGGCUGCCGUUGCUCAUGUCGUCAGUUUCUUUACACGCGAGUUUUUGGAAGUACCUCACAUCAAGGACCAUCGUCGUGAUUACUUUACAGAGGUGGAUAAAGUGACAGGCAUCAGCAAGGAGAUUCUGACAGAGAAGGAUCUAUGGGAGAUUUACGAUUUGGAUUUCAAGUACCAUAGUUUCAUGGAUCGUCGCAACGCACUCAAGGAAUUCAUCGCCAAAUGCCAAAUUGUCGACGGUUAUGUAGAGACCAUGCUGGAUCGUGUGGAGAAGGUGGAGGAGGUCACUGAUCUGACAGAUUACAUCAACCUGAAAUUCAGUGACAAGAUCAACCUCAUGCAACAGCAAACGCGUGGCCCCAAACGUCCUAUGAACAAGUCCUUGUACGAGCUGAGCCAGACCUCCAAGAUUGGCGAGUGUCUGCCACGCUUUGGUAUCUCUGCCAAGGAGUUUGGUACCAACUACAUGGAAGGCAAUUUGCGUCAUACUCCCGAUGAUCUCUCCGUGGACCCCAUUGUGGAGGCUGAGCUCUAUGUCGACUCCAACUUUCCCGACCCCAUGCGUGUGUUGAAGGCUGUGCGCUCUGUGCUGGCCCAAGAAAUGUCAUUUGACCCCCAAGUCAGAAAAGCCAUGCGCAAAGACUGGGAGUCGUUUGCUACUGUUACCGUAAAGCCCACUGAAAAGGGGUACUCUGUCAUUGACGAACUGCAUCCCAUGCAUCCCUUCAAAUUCCUGACUGAAAAGCCCAUUACCGAGUUUAAAGACGGCCAAUUUCUCCACAUCCUCAAGGGUGAGGCUGACAACCUGUUGACCAUCACCAUCAGCAUUGCCGACUACCCUGCUUGGUUUAAUCGUAUUGCCACCUUUUACGUCUCAGAUGCCUACAGCGACACUGCUCAACAAUGGAACGAUCAGCGUAGGGAGAUCAUUGAGCAAGCCCUCAAGGAACAUUUGAUGCCAUUGAUGAGCAAAUAUGUGCGAGAGAAGCUGAGAAUCGAAGCACAGGAGUUUAUCUGUCAAGCCUCCUUUGAAAACCUGUACAGCAAGAUCAACGUGGGCCCCUUCCGUGGCGCUGAAUCUCACUUCAAGAGCCCCUUGCCUCGUGUUGUCACUGUGUCUUCUGGUAACGGAUCGGUCAAGGACCCUGUGGUAGCCAUCUUUGUGAAUCAACGUGGUAAAGUCCUGGAUCAAAUUGAAGUGCCCAAUCUCAAGGAUGAGCGCUACUGGAAGGAGAUGUCUGAUUUCAUCAAAUCCAAAAAGGCCAAUGUGCUUGGUGUAGCUGGCUACAAUGCAGAGACGCGUCGUGUUAUUAAACAUAUGCAGACCAUGCUCAGUGAAAUCAACCAGUCGCACGAACACAAUGGCAUUUCUCGCAUGGAUAUGGUUGUGGUGGAUGAUGAAGCCUCUCGUUUGUACAAAAACUCGCGUCGUGCUCAAGAGGAGUUUAGUGAUUACUCGGAAACCAUGCGCUACUGUAUUUCGCUGGCGCGUCGCCUGCAAAGUCCCGUGUUGGAGUAUGUUGGUUUGGGCCGUGAUUUGCUGGCUAUCCAUCACCAUGAUCUGCAAUACUUGGUGCCUGAAGAUACGCUCUUCUUUUACUUGGAACGCGCUCUCAUCAGUGUCGUCAACGACUUGGGUUUCGAUAUCAAUGCUGCCAUCACCAGCACCUAUCAUGCCAAUGCUUUGCAGUAUGUUUGUGGCUUUGGCCCUCGUAAAUCGCAGAGCAUUCUCAAGAAGAUCGAAGCCACGGGUGAGUUGGAGAGUCGCACUGCCCUGGUGCUACGUAAAUUGACGCCUGCCAACACCUUCAUGAACUGUGCUAGCUACCUCCGUAUUCGUGACAUUGACGGUGCUGACAUUUUGGAUGAUACACGUAUCCAUCCACAAGACUACGAGUUGGCUCGCAAGAUGGCUGCUGAUGCUCUGGAAAUUGACGAAGAUGAAAUGGACGACUAUGACUCCAAGGUAGCUGUUGUUACGCGAGUCAUCAAAGAAUACCCCGACAAGCUCAACGACUUGAUUUUGGAUGAUUAUGCUGUCGUUUUGCGCAAGCAAUACAAUGCUCCCAAGCGCCAAAUUUUGGAACACAUCAAACUAGAACUCCAAGGUCCCUACCAUGACCGUCGCCACCGUUACAGCCGUCCUACAACUGAAGAGACCUUCAUUAUGGUCACUGGUGAGACACGUCAAACAUUGAGCGAAGGCUUCAUCAUACCUGCCAUGGUGGUUGCUACUCGCGGCAAAAUUGCCAACUGUGUACUGGAUUCUGGUCUUGAAGGUAUGAUCUAUGUCGAAAAUGCUUCAGAUGAGCGCAUCAUGAAUGUGGGUGAUGUGUUGCAAGUGGGACAGACUAUCAACUGCAAAGUGCUUCGUAUUGAUCGUGACAAAUUUAUGGUGGAUCUGUCAAGCAAGGCAUCUGAUACCAAACCUGGCUCCGAUUAUGAACUUCGCAAGUUACCACUGGACCCUUACUAUGGCCACGUUGAAGAGACCAAAGAGCGCGAACAACAUCGCAGCAGCCGUCGCAAGCAAGCGCGUUCUACCCGUGUCAUUAAGCAUCCCUUGUUUAGACCUUUCAACCACAUGGAAGCAGAAGAGUUCUUGGCCAGCCGUCAGCGCGGUGAUCUCGUCAUUCGUCCAUCCUCGCAUGGCUUUGAUCACAUUGCUAUUACUUGGAAGGUAGAUGAAGAUGUGUACCAACAUUUGGACGUUGUGGAAGUUAAGAACAAGGAUGAUCCACAUGCACCUGUCAGACUUCGAAUUGGAAAUCAAACUUUCGAGGACUUGGAUGAACUGAUUGUUACUUAUGUGGAAGCAGUAGCUCGUAAAGUGGAAGAGCUCAUGUCUCAUCCUAAAUAUCAGCCCGGUGGUACGCGUGCUUUGAAUGAGCAUCUAACUGCUUUAACGCAAGCGAAUCCCAAGAUGUCUGCUUAUGGUUUCUGUCAAAGUGAAAAGCCCGGUUACUUUGAUUUGGGCUUCAAACUGAGCAUUCGUGGUCCUCCUAUGCGUUGGGUUGUCAGAGUCCUGCCUGAUGGCUAUCGUUUGCGUGAUGUGUCUUACGCUCAAGUAGAUGACCUUAUCAAUGGCUUCAAACAUAUUCAACAAGCUGAAGCGCAAAAGCAAAAGCGACGAAAUAUGAGCAACAACCCCCACAGAUACUAG